AUGCCGCGCGGCGCUUCCCCUUUGACUUCAAUCCCUUUUACUGGUGUAUCAACGUAUGAUCAUACGAAGACGGGAGAUGAUCGUCUCAUCGUUUUGAGAUGUGGAUUCACCACCUUUCUGGCUCGGUCCUUCGGUGACGAGUGUUGGAAGAGCCCCUUGAGACACACACCCCGGACUAGAGCUGUCUCAAACGUUCAGGAUCGCCUAUGCAUCGCUCCUGUCGAGUCAUGUUCGGAUCUUCCACGUCUUCCGAUGCCUAAUAGCCCCAGAUCUCGGCCCGCCACUUGUUGA